AUGGACGUGGCUGCCUCACAGCAACAAAGGGUUACCGAGAAUGAGGCGCUGAUCGAGUCCUCUUUCAGGCGUUUGAUUGCCUCGAUCGAAGCCGAGCGAGAGAAGAUGCGGACGACAUGGUCACAAAUUGAAGAGGAGCAGCAGGCCACCUCGGACGAUUUAGCCCGGCUCAAGCUGGAUACCGAGGAGUGGUGCCGGUCAGAGCGAUCCAAGAUUGAAAACGAGUGGAAGCGGCUGGAUCGGCUGCGCGAGCGGAUGAGCAUCCUUCCUGGAGCUUCCCGCGAGGUUCUCGAGAUCAACUGUUCGGGUGAGCUGCUCUUCCUUCCGAAGCGCGCCCUUUGCCACAUCGAAGGAAGUUACUUGAAUCACAUGUUCAGCGACGCUUAUGUUCAGAGUGUCCCCCGAGACGACGAGGGCAGAUACUUCUUGGACUUCAAUCCAGUCUGCUUCGGCAUCAUCGUCGACUGGCUUAGACAGCUGGAGGACAAGCCUGACUUGCCGGUCCCGCGCGUGCCAGAAAGCCAGCAGCUGAAUAUGGACUUGCUGGCUGAAGCGUUGAACUUGCGGCAGUUCAUCUGUGGAAACUGCAUCAAGCUUGAGCACUCCACAUCCCUGAAAGUGCGAGGCAAUGUUGUGGAGGCAACCCAUGCAGGUUGGCAAGUGAUCUCAGCGGAGCAUCCGUUGAAGAUGUCAGGCAAUUCUUUCUUCGAGGUGAGGAUCCUCAAGAACCCCGACCCGACAACAGAUCGACUCGCCGUUGGGCUUUGCGGACACAGUCCAACAGGGGCUGAGGCACACAGUGUUCGCAUCAAAGAUGCAUUCUUGUAUAACAGCAAUAUUGGUUUGAUCGGCGACGUAAUUGAUGCGAACAACUGCCAGGAAAAGAUUCAGUUUGUUGAUGGGAUGACUCUGGGAGUCAGGCAUGACAUCCAGACAAGAAUGACUCACUUCUAUGUCAACAGAGCGUCGAUUGGUUCCUGUGCGCUCAGAGAUGAUGCGCUGGAACGGAUGCCAGUGCUGUAUCCUGUUUUUGCUCUACAUGCAGCCGGGCAGAAGAUUGAGGUUGACUUUACUCUGAGUGGCCCCCUUGCUUCGCGAAAGACGAGCCCUUGGAAGAUGUGGCACAGCCGUUCCAGCAGCGGAAUGCAGCGGAAUGAUGCAUCAGCAGCAGAUGGAUAG